AUGGCCGUUCGUCGACCGUCUUCGCCGGGGAUCGGCAUGGUCCCAUCCGACCCGUUGCAGAGCUCCACUGAACCGCAACAAGGAAUCAGUCGCAAUGGACGCCGCAGCCCGAGUGGGCAGUCUCCGGAUGACAGACCAGCCAAGCGGCGCAAGGACAUCAGCCACGUCCGGAGUCGAGUCAGCAGGGCAUGCGAUCGAUGCAAGUCACGCAAGACACGAUGCUCGGGCAAGUACCCGUGUACGCUCUGCUCCCAGCUCGGCCUCGCCUGCCAAUACGAGGCCGCCUACACGCGCGGCAGGCUACCCUCCAUCGAGCUCGAGACCGACAACCGUGUGCUGCAGAUGGCCACCGCCAUCCCGCCUCACCAAGACUACCACAUGCGGCGACACAGCUCCUCCGUCAUCCAGGACACCGCAAACAACGGCAACCACCUCGCCUCCCCUCGUCCCGAUGCCGAAGACGUCUCCGCCGCCGCCGCCGUCGCGGGGAUAAACAACACCACCACCACCAUCCCCAGCCCAGUCAGCAUCGAGCAUCCCGACCGCCUCGACGCCAGCGACCAGCCACGAGCCCCACACCAGCCCCAGCACUCCGCCCGCGCCACCUCGACCGCGCAAUCCUCACGCAACUCGCCGGAACCCAGCCAAUCCGACCAACAAGGCCACUACGUCGGCCCCGCCUCAGGCGCCUCCUUCCUGCUGCGGAUCCAGCGCAAGCUGCUGCGGCAGCAGAGCGGGCUCAUGCAGCAGUCGUGCAGCGGCGGUGCCGAGGCGUCCAGCAUCUUCACCUUCGGCGACCUGCCGCUGCCCGACGCCGACGACGUCGAGCACGGCUUCUUCGUGCUGCCGCCGCAAAAGGACGCCGAGUGGCUGCUGGCCCGCUACUUUGACUUCGCGUCCGCCACGCACAGGUUCUUGCAUCGCCCGACGGUCGAGGGCUGCUUGCGGGAGGUGUACGAGACGAAUGGCGCGAUGAGGGAGAAGGCGGCGGCGAGGAGUCGGCUGGCGUUGCUGUUUAUGGUGUUUGCGCAGGCGGGGAAUUAUCAGUGUCCCGGCAUGGCGGGGAGGGAGUAUUCGAGUGCGAGCUUCUUCUCUGCGGCCGAGCGCCAGCUUGUAGCGGAGAAGGGGGGGAUUCGUCUGACCAGCGUGCAGGCCCGGCUUGCGCAGUGCUUGUGGCUGCUGGGACAGUCGCGGAUCAAUCAUUGUUGGAGUCUGUUUGGGACGACGGCGCAUCUUGUGCUUGCUUUGGGUAUGCACAGGAAGCGGCGGAUGGACUCUGCACACAGCGUCGAUUACAUCGACCUGGAAUGCAGGAAGAGGACGUUCUGGUGCGCAUAUAACCUCGACACCUAUCUGAGCGCUGCUCUGGGACGGCCGCGGACGUUUCAUGAUGAAGACAUUGACCAGGAAUUUCCGACCUGUGUCAAUGAUUCAGAUCUGCACCAGCGACACAUGCACCCUUCGCCUGUCAAGUCACAGUCUUUGAUGUCCGGGUGUAUUGCGCACAUGAGGUUUUCACGAAUACUCGCAAACAUACUCCGCGACCUCUACGGCAUCCGACCGCCCUCAACCGAAGACCGCUAUCGCCUCGCCGCCAAGUACAACGACGAGCUCAACAGCUGGCGCGCCUCGGUCGCCUACCUCCUCGACACCGACGGCGUCGAUCCAUCCCUCUUCCUCCCCAUCUUCCUGCGUCAACGCAACGUCCUCAACCUCGCCUUCUGGCACGCCCAGAUCCUCGUCCACCGCCCCUUCCUCCUCAGCAACUUCGCCGGCCUCACAAGCUACAACCUGCACCGCACCAAUAACAACAACAGCAAGCUCGCCUACCACGUCCAGCUCUGCCUCGACGCCGCCACAAACAUCGUCCGCGUCGUCGACGAACUCACCCGGUCGAAUCAGAUCUACAGCACAUUCUGGUUCACGCACUACUUCGCCUUCUCCGCCGUCGUCGUCCUCUACGUCUACACCAUCCAACAGCAACAACAGCAACAACAACACCCACGCCACCUCCUCGCCGCCACCGCCACCUCCGCCGACCAACCGCCACUAUCGGCAUCCGCCUGCUACCGCGCGGCGUCCCGCUGCCACGACCAGAUCUCGCGCAUCGCGACCAAAGGGUCGCUGGGCGAGCGGUACGGCGUCGUGCUGCAGGAGCUGCGGAUGGAGCUGUUGAAUGGCAGGCCGCCGGGUGGGGAGGAGGGGCUUUUGCUUCCUCUUCAAGGACAAGGAGGAGGUGGUGGUGGUGGAUCAGGUGGAUCGGGUGUGGGGUUGGGUGGGGCGGUUGGGGCGGUUGGUGGUGGUGAUGCUGCGUCGCUGCCACAGCCGCCGGCGUCGGACAGGGUGUUGGGGGAGGAGAUGGUGUUUGUGGGCGGGGAGCGGCAGGAGCAGCAGCAAGGGCAGCAGCAAGGGCUGGAUGGUGGUGCGGCGUUUGCGGAGGCGAGCCCGAGUAGUUCGAUUGCGCAGAUGACGGGGUGGGGCCAGUUUGAUUCGUUGGUUGUUGGAGGCAUUGGGAGUUUGGAGAGCCUGCUGGCGGAUAGUGCGGCUGGAUGGGAUCUGGAUCUGGGAGGGGAGUUGAGCGGGAUUGCUUGA